CUCUCUCUCUCUCUCUCUCUCUCUCUCUCAAGAAAUCCGUUAGCCAUUCUGCCAAUUUAUUUGUACUUUCUCUCUCUAGGGUUCGUCUCGCUUUGUUAAUCAUUUGAUCUUCUUUUCUUGUGGUUUCUAUUUGUAGUUCUCGAUUCUCACUGCUCUUUUUCUUGAAAUUUAAAAUCUCUCUCUCUCUCUGUGCGUGUGUGUGUGUGGAAGUUUUGUGUAAGUUUUUCUUGUUGGUUGAAGGAGAGAAUUAGGGAAUGGAAUUGGGAGGCUCGAAAAAGAGAGGUGAAGACGAGGGUGAUGGCACUGGCGAUGGCGGUUCCAAGAGAUUCAAGCAAGAAAAGGAGUCUAUUACAACUGGUAUAAGAAGGACGGUGUUGCCAUGCAGUUGGUUUUUCAGCCCUUCUGGGUGUUCUUUGGGGAAUAGAUGCCAGUUCCUGCAUUAUGUUCCUGGUGGCAUCAAGGCUGUAACUCAAAUGCUCGGCCGCAAUCCAGCCCUUCCAGCUGCUCCCAGCCAUCCAGCAGUUCCUCCAUCUUUUCGACUUGCAUCAGCCAUCCAACCUCAGUUCUGCUAUCGAUUCAAUACGGCAGGCGGGUGCAUGUAUGGGAAGAGGUGCUAUUUCUUGCACAGCAAGCAUGAGCUUGGCAGGUCAACAAUGCCAUUUCACGGGAACCUACAUGCUAUGGAACCAAUUCCACCAAACCGUGGGGCAGCAGCCAGCUUCGAAGCCUCUGCUACUGUUAAGAUCAGUAUUGAUGCUUCUAUGGCAGGAGCCGUCAUUGGCGUAGGUGGAGACAUGUCCAAGAAAAUCUGCCGCUUGACAGGAGUCAAGUUAUCCAUAAAAGAUCAUGAGUCUGAUCCUAAACUACGAAACGUUGAACUCAAGGGUACAUUUGAUCAGAUCGGACAGGCCAGCCAAAUGAUUCAUCAACUUAUAAUCCAUGUCAGUGCAUCAUCAGGAUCCGGCAUAAAGACCCCGGCAAGCUCUGCUUCUCGCAAGUACUACAAAACGAAACUUUGUGAGAACUUUGCUAAAGGACCUUGCAACUUUGGAAACCACUGUCUCUUUGCACAUGGAGCAGAAGAAUUGCGAAAGCCAGAGGUGUGAGUUCUUAUGUGCAGCUUUGAUUCUCCUAUUCUGAUCUUGUUGGUGGCUUUAGCUGUUGUCUGUUUUCUCCUCAUCACAGAAAGGGGUGGAUGUAAUUGUUGUAUCAAUCGACUUCUCUACAUGAAAUUUUAGUUUAGCUCUGUGGUUGUGUUUCUUACUUG